CCGCCGCUAGUUACCAUAAUAUUUCUUGUACAAUUUUGCUUUUAUUAUACCCCUCCAGUGGACAAAACAUGAUGAACUACUCAGAUUACGACUCAGAUGAUUAUUCUUCAAAUGAAGAUGAAGACUAUGUACCAUCUGACGAUAACCUCAGUGAGGAUGAUCUGAAUGAGUGUGAGAAAGAGGAUGCCCUGGAGAAUGUGGAUUGUCAGAGUGAAGAGAAGUCAGAUAAUGCAAAGAAGAAAAAGAAGAAAGUGAGGACAAGUAAAGGCGUUGGCAUGAGGAAACGGAAAAAAGGAGGACUGAAACUUGAGGAGGGGGCAGAGGAGGACAAGGAGAAGAAAGAGAGAGAUGAAGAUGAUGCAAAAGAGGAAGGCUGUGUGUCAGUGUCAAAAGAGGCGGACGAAGAGGUUAAAAGGAAGAAAGAAGAAGAUCUUUGGGCUAGUUUUCUGAGUGAUGUGGGUCGGAGACCCAAAGCAACCGCAGCUCCUUCAACCACAGCAUCUCAGGAGGCCACUUCCACCGCUAGCUCAGAUGAGCCCAGCAAAGCCCCUUUAGAAGUUCAGCAAGAUGCCCUGAAACCUAAAGAAUCCUCCAAAAUCACUAUAACUAAAGUGUUUGACUUUGCAGGGGAGGAAGUUCGGGUUACCAAAGAGGUGGACACUGAUUCCCGGGAGGCCCAGAGCUUUUUAAAAAAAGAGGAGAGGGCUGCGGAGAAACAGGAGAAGACGGACGUCUCUCCCAAACCAGAGCUACCCCAAUCUCUCACCCCUGGACCCAGUGUGAAGAGGCCAGGCGGGAUGAGUGGCAUUCUGAGCCAGAUCGGUGUCAAGAAGCAGAAGAUGAGCACUCUGGAAAAAUCCCGACUGGACUGGGACGCCUUUAAAACUGAGGAGGGUAUAGAAGAUGAGCUGGCCAUCUUCAACAGGGGUAAAGGAGGGUAUGUGGAGAGAAAGAACUUUCUAGAACGAGUGGAUCAACGGCGGUUUGAGCAGGAGAAAACCGCACGGCUCAGCAACAUGAAACGAUGACAGGAGAGGGGACAUGCCUGCUUAUACACGCUUCACGCUGUUUUCCUUGCUCAGUAAUGCAACCGUUUAACUCCUGACCUGUGUCAGAUCUUUGGAAGACCCUGAUGAUAGAUGAGUAGAGUUCAGUCCAGUGUCUGUAAGGAGCACAGUUGACCAGAUGAGACUUGGACUCAUAGCCUCCAUACAUUUUUCUGUUUUCUGCAUAUUCCAUACAUAUCAAAACAUCACCUGUCCUUCAAGGCAAAAAAAGAGAAGGAAUUCAUCGAUUUUUG